UAGCUGCUUUAAUAUCUGCUUGUACGAGGAUCUCAAGUAUGCUCAGUCACAUGUGAAGCCGUGUCGAUCCGUCAACUACUUUGGGCAAAUGCAACUGACCUGAUGGUCACGACAUAAACGUCCGCCAAACAACAUCCCACAAAUUUCUUCGCCAUAAUCUCUCUUCUUGAAAUUUGCUCACCAGCACUCGAAUUUACCCACUCUAGAACUACAUCCUUGAGAUUAUGAAGCUUUUAAACAUUAUACUUGUCUCUUCUGCUCUACACGGAAGCCAGACACUUGCGGCUUUCCGUCCGGACCUUCAAGAGAAUGUUCAAGUCGCCGAAAUAGAACCAGAUCAAAGGGUCUCCGAUGGUGCUACCGAGAUUACACUGAAAGCAUAUCCAGGCUCUGACUUUGAGAUCGCUUUCAAAUGUACAGAUGACACCAAACAGUUCACCUUCGCGGACCACAAGCACUGGGUAGCCUGUUGCCGGCCAGGCCAAAAGCUUCUCGGUAGCGAGUUCACUGCAUUCGACUGCUGCGAUCCCAGUCAAGAACUUCUUGGCAGUAAAGGUACUGGAUACAGGUGUUGCCCAAUCGGCAAAACAUACGAUGAGUGCACUGGAGUGUACAAACCGGUUGCUACUUGUCCUGGAGCAGAAACAUUGAUCAAUGGGCAAUGCACUUGUCCUUCAGGCACAUACCGAGCAUCUAACGGUGUGUGCGAGGCAUUGAAGUGUUCUUCGGGUGUCCAGUCAGGGAAGUGCUACACUUUCACUUUGGAGAAUGGACAUCGUUUCGGUUACAACUCGGCUGGCUUCUAUACUGCCUCUGAAGAAAGUCGAGCCCAACAAUUCGGAAAGUUCAAGUUAUGCACAAACGAGUACUGCUCAGCCAGUACCGACAUAAACCCUGGACAGCCAUUCUACAUCAAAGACAUCCACGGCACCGCAAACGGUGGUCAGCACAGCAAGCAAUGGCUGAACAAUGCCAAGGAUGGAUCUCACAUCACCAAGACAGCGCACUUCUCGCAAGCUGGUCUAUUCACCAUCACCAAAUGGCCCUGUGGCAAGUAUUGUCUAAGUGGCAAAGACCGGGGAGUUGGACCAACUUGCCCUACUGAGAUGCUUGGUGCCACUUUCACCACAGCCGACGACCAAUCCUGUGUCCCCUUGACUCUGCUUGAAGUCCCUUGCGAUGUCAGAAGCUUGGAAAAUAAUUGUAUUUGGGACACUAAAAAGAAGCAAUGCGCUGGUGAGGAGGAGCUUGCAGCCUGCAGACUUCAUUUGGAUUCUACUUCUCCGAUUACUGUAAACAGUGAUGCAGAUCAUCAGUUUGUCUUUUAGGUACUUCCCAUGUCUUGGUUAGAAGUUGAUGACGGAGUGGAAGUCACUCACGAAGCUCGGAAUUGUUGUAAAAGUCCUUCAUACACCCUCGGGUAUUAGUCGACAGCAAGUACAUCAAUUCAUAGUGAAUUCGAAGACAGAAAAAUAAUGAAC